AUGGAGUUCUCUCAUAACCUCGACAAUGAGGACACCCGCACCCUAGCUAGUUCAAUAACAGUGGGAGUCCGGGUCUGGUAUGAGUUGUAUUGGAGGAAGAUGGCGGUGAUGAUGGCUAAUGAUGGCUCUAAGACACGGAGUGAGCAAGCAAUGACAUACCUUGCAGCUGGCACAAGAGCAGGAGUUGCACUCGCCGGAGCAGCAGUUACAGGUGCAAGGAGACAUGAUGAAUAUAGAGGUGGUAGGUAA